GAUGAGGAGGGAGCUCGCAUGUUCCUCUCCGACUCUUUUUUUUAAAAAAACAGACUCAGUUCUGAUUCUCAGAUGAAGUGAGAAAUUUGACAGUCUCAAUUAGUCUUAAGCUCGUGCCAAUGUAAGGAAAUAAUUCAUUUUUACUCGUUUUUCGCUUUAUUAGAUUUUUUUUUCGCACAUUUACAGCGGCGUUUGAGAUCUAUAGUGCAAUGUAACUGAUAAAAUCAAACAUGUAGAUGAAUUUACAGCGCGUUAUUAGCAGAUGGAUAUGACAUUUUAACUCUUCAGCUUCUUUAAACAGACACAUCUAGACCAACAGGAAUUGACCAACACCACUGUGAUUUUUACCUCGAAUGUACAAUGUGCAGUAAUCUCGUGUCAGCCUGAAUGAGCUUUAUGAUCACAUUAGAGGAGAUAUAGAUAUAUACAUGUAUGAUCUCCAGCGGGUUUCUGUAGGAUGUCGCGCCGCAAACAAGCCAAACCAAGAGCUCUGAAAGAUCCAGACGCUGCUGCUGCUGAGAUUGAAUCAAAGGAUGAAGGAAAUGACCGUCUGAGAAGCCAGAUCUGUCCUGAAGAGGAGGAAGAGGAGGAGGAAGAGCAGGCGUUCGAGCCCCUGAACACUCUCACUCCACAUAAGAGUCAUCAGUGCCACCUCACAGAUGGAACUGAUGUAGAAGAUGACCCAUCCUGCUCUUGGCCAGCAUCGUCGCCAUCUAGUAAAGACCACACAUCUCCAGGCCAUGUCGAUGAAUAUGAAUAUGGUGAGGAUGAAGGAGGUGCAGGCCUACCCUACCCAUGCCAGUUUUGCGCAAAAUCCUUCAGUCGCCUGAGCUUCCUUAAGUGCCACGAGCAGAGUCACAGAGAUAAACUUCCUUUCAGCUGCACAUACUGCAGUCGCUUGUUCAAGCACAAGCGCAGCCGUGACCGACACAUCAAGCUUCACACGGGUGACAAAAAGUACCACUGUGGAGACUGUGACUCUGCUUUCUCACGCAGUGAUCAUCUAAAGAUCCAUAUGAAAACGCACGCUGCCAACAAGCCCCAUAAAUGCCCAGUGUGUCGCCGGGGGUUCUUGUCCACCAACUCGCUUCACGGACACAUGCAGGUGCAUGAACGCGGGAAGGAUGGAGCAAAUACAAGGUCCCCUCAAGAGUGGAGGUUAAAAGAGACGCGCAAAUGCAGCCGCUGUGAGGAGGGUUUCGACAUGCCCGAGGAACUGCAGAAGCACAUUGCAGAAAGUCACCCAGAGUGCUCUUCUCCUGUAGGAGGGAGUCUAGAACCUGGUCUGCAGUGCAUCUACUGCCACGAGCCGUUCAGUGAUGAAGGAACACUUCUGAGCCACAUCGAUCAGUUGCAUGGGAGAGAUAGAAAGAGCAACACAUGCACUGUGUGCUCUGAGCAGUUCCCCACUGUAGAGGAGCUCUACACUCACAUGGAUAUCCACCAACUUCCAGAGUCCAGCAAUAGCCCCUCUGUGUUGCCCGUAGGGUAUACUUCUGUUUCAAGCACUACCCCAGACUCGAACCUUUCGGUUGACAGUUCAACCAUGGUGGAGGCCGCUUCUACAGUGCCCAAGACACGUGGGAGAAGAAAGAGGGCCACCCAUAAUAACGUGUAUGGGCGAUCUGCCAAACAGCCAAAAAUCGAAUACAGCUGCAUUUACUGCAACAAACAAGUUUUCUCAAGCCUCGCUGUGCUGCAGAUUCAUCUUAAGACCAAACAUGUUGACAAGCCGGAGCAGGCUCAUACCUGCCAGUUUUGCUUGGAGAUCCUUCCAUCGCUUUGUAAUUUGAACGAGCACCUGAAACAGAUCCACAAUGCCAAGGAUCCCUCAGGUGUACUUGCUAACCUGUCUGAUGACCUGCUGCAGUGCAACUUCUGCCCAGAGGUGCUUGGAGAUCUUAAUGCUCUGCAAGAGCACAUACGGUGCUCCCAUGGCUUUCCAAAUCCAGUCGCCAAAGAAAGCAAUGCAUUCUUUUGCCCCAAGUGCUUUAUGGGAUUUUUGACUGAGGCCAGUCUAGAAGAACAUGUCAGGCAGACCCAUUGUGACUCUGGAAGCGUGCAGUUUGACUCCCCUCUAGCAGUCACUCCAAAAGAUCCCAUUGUGGAGAUCUACUCCUGCUCUUACUGUACCAACUCCCCCAUUUUUAACAGUGUCAUUAAGCUUAACAAGCACAUAAAGGAGAACCACAAGAACAUCCCUCUUGCUCUGAAUUAUAUCAACAAUGGGAGAAGAUCUCUGCGGGUCCUCAGCCCCUCAUCUCCAGUCUCUGUAGAACAGGCCUCACUAUUCAAACAGAACAGCUCUUCCUUAUGUUCAAGCGAGUUUAUUUGUAACCAGUGUGGUGCUAAGUACACCAGCUUAGACCUUUUCCAGACACACCUAAAGACCCACCUUGAUAGUGUCGUGCCACAGCUAACUUGUCCACAGUGCAACAAGGACUUUCCUAACCAGGAGUCUCUUCUGAAACAUGUGACUGUUCAUUUCACCAUCAUGUCCACAUACUACAUCUGUGAGAGCUGUGACAAGCAAUUCACAUCUGUGGAUGACUUGCAGAAGCACCUUCUAGAUAUGCACACCUUUCUGUUUUUUCGCUGUACUCUCUGCCAGGAGGUGUUCGACUCUAAAGUGUCAACUCAACUCCAUCUUGCGGUGAAGCACAGUAAUGAGAAAAAGGUAUACCGAUGUACUUCCUGCAACUGGGAUUUCAGGCAUGAGGCUGACCUUCAAAUGCAUGUCAAACAUAGUCACCUUGAAAAUCAGGGUUGUUCACACCGUUGCAUCUUUUGCGGUGAGUCCUUUGGCACAGAAGUCGAGUUGCAGUGUCAUAUUACCACCCACAGCAAGAAGUACAAUUGUCACUUUUGCUGCAAAGCUUUCCAUGCUGUUUAUCUACUAGAACGUCACCUUCGUGAAAAACACUGUGUGUUUGAGGGAAAGACCCAGAAUUGCAGCACCAAUGGAUCCACGUCCGGUAGCGGUGAUUCAGUUGCCAAAGAUGAUGGAGACUUACAGGCUUUUCUAACCAACAGCCAUGGUGGCACUGGUGCAGGGGAGUCUCAUAACAGUCGGGAUGGCAGCGAAGAAGACUUUGACACCUCAGAGGUCAUGUACAGCUGUGACAUCUGUGGUGCAUCCUAUACCAUGGAGUCCCUCCUAACCAACCACCAACUUCGUGACCAUAACAUUCGACCAGGAGAGAGUGCUAUGCACAAGAGAAAGGCAGAAAUGAUCAAGGGAAACCACAAAUGCAACGUCUGCUCUAGAACUUUCUUCUCGGAGGGAGGACUUCGGGAGCACAUGCAAACUCACUUAGGGCCUGUCAAACACUACAUGUGUCCUAUUUGUGGAGAGCGCUUCCCGUCCCUACUUACUCUUACAGAACACAAGGUCACUCAUAGCAAAAGCCUAGACACCGGAAGCUGUCGGAUCUGCAAAUUACCUCUGCAGAGUGAGGAAGACUUCCUGGAGCACUGUCAGAUGCAUCCAGAUUUGCGCAAUUCCUUGACUGGCUUCCGCUGUGUGGUCUGCAUGCAGACUGUCACCUCAACUCUAGAACUCAAGAUCCACGGCACCUUUCACAUGCAAAAGACUGGAGCGGCGUCUACAAAUCAACCAACUCCAUGCUCAGCUGCCACAGAAUUUCAACACAGUCAAAGCCAGAAAGUCUUCAAGUGUGCUGCAUGUCUCAAAGAGUUCUACUCUAAGCAGGACUUGGUGAAACUUGACAUUAAUGGCUUGACAUACGGUCUUUGCACGCUAUGUGUCAAUGCUGCUGGUAGCAAGAGUUCGACUCUAAAUGGAGGAAAACUGUUGCAUCAAGGGGCUCAGACCUCAAUGGGUCCUGUUGUUGGAUGGACCCAAGGGGAGAGCCUUAGCCCAGGUCCUGUGAAGAGAAAGGCUGUCUGUUCUUCCUCAUCAUCUUCAUCAGUAUCACCCUCUAUUUCCAAGACCCGCUGUUCCAGUUGCAAUGUUAAAUUCGAGUCAGAGGCAGAGCUUCAAGCACACCUGCAAACAGUGCACAGAGACCAAACACCAGAAGCUGCUCUGUUACGGACCCCCGAUGGCUCCCCCAUGUCACGAGUUAGCCCAACCCAAAGUGAUGAGAAGAAGACUUACCAGUGCAUCAAGUGUCAGAUGGUCUUCUACAGUAAAUGGGACAUUCAGGUCCAUGUGGCCAAUCAUAUGCUAGAGGAAGGUCUCGUUCAUGAAUGUAAACUAUGCAGUCAAACCUUCGACUCUCCAGCGAAACUGCAGUGUCACCUCAUCGAGCACAGCUUUGAGGGCAUGGGCGGCACCUUCAAGUGUCCCGUCUGCUUCACAGUAUUUGUGCAGGCCUGUAAACUGCAGCAGCACAUCUUCACCGCACACGGGCAGGAGGACAAGAUCUACGACUGCUCACAGUGCCCGCUGAAGUUCUUCUUCCAAACUGAGCUUCAGAACCACAGCCUGAGUCUGCACAGCAGCUAACAACAGAACCGCUUGGAAGAGAAUCAAGACCCCAUCAAGACCCAAUAAAUAUAUUAACGUCGCAUUUCUGUGUUGCACUCGGUCAAACAAAACAGUUAUAAAGAAAUUAAGGCAGGGGGUAGAAAGAUAGAUGUUUGACAUUUGGAGUUCCAACAACCUAUUUGUAAGUAAUAUCCUUCAUGUUUUGCAUUUCCUUUUCUUGUAAAGAGUCUUGAAUUUUUAUUGUAAAAAAAAAAAUAAAUAAAAAAUGAAUGUUUGAACACCAGACUGAGCAGAUUUGAGAAAGAACUGGGGCUCACAAAACAAGAUGAUACCAGGAAAACUGAGCCAUCAUCACCAGCCCAGCCUGCCUCAUGUGACCAGAGCACCAAACAUCAAACUUUUGAGUGACAUGAAAUAUAAAUAAUAAUAUGCUGAAUAUAUGCAAAACCAGAACAAUACAGAACAAUAUUAAAGCAGCAGUAAUCCAUUCCAAAUGAUCUUCUCUUAUCCCGAGGUCAUUUCUAACAGUUAGAUGAACUGCUGUCUGUCUAUGUUGACUUGUAUAUUUCUGUUUUUAAUGUUUACUGCUUGCUAAAGUCUGGAUGUGUCUGGAAUUGUUCUUUCUAUAUGAAAGAGGGCAAAGACAUUUAUUCUCUGUCGUCUCCAUUUGUCUCAUUGGGUUUGGCUACACAAAUGCUGUCAGGAGCAUGUCAACGGCUGACUGAUGUGUAAUGUCAUACUCUUCUUACUCUAUCAACAUUGUGUCUAAUAUGUACAGUAUAUACCAGUUUUACAUUAAAUAAAUUUGACAUGCACUUUUGCAACACUCCAUAGUUUUAUGGAUGUUCUCGUUUUGAGCUGAUCUACACACUUGAUAAGUGGCAACUGGACAUUUGGAAAUGAGACUUUUAUUAAUGUCAUGACAUGUCAGUUAAAAAAAAAGUUCUAUAAAAAUAUUAACUGAGGUCCGAUUUGUUGGACCUUUUUUGUGUUCUCAUGUGAUGAAAACAUUAAAAUUGUAUGAAGAUAUGGA